UCGUGCAAAUAAAAGAGAAAUCAAAUCAAAUAAAUAAUAAAUAGGUAUUAAACUGUUUAGAUAUUGACGCAGUGCAUCUUAAUAAAUUAAUUACAAUAUAUGGAAUUCUGUUUACACAUCUCAUUGUGAAUGAAAUAACAAAAAGAAAACAAGUAUAUAAUGGAUAUAGGAGUUGUUCUAGUGGUUUGCAGUAUUUAUUUUGUGGAGUCCGUUGCGCUAUGCCCUGCUGGAUGCGAGAACGGUUGGAGUUUCCAUGACGACUUCUGCUACCAAGUGAUCCACGCGCAUGCGCACUUCGAGGCUGCCAAAGCGAUAUGUGAGGUCAAGGGCGCAGAACUGACGUCGUUAUGGUUACCAUUAGAAGUGGAGUUUGUAUUGGAACAGCUUAAUCAGCUGAAUCUAACCAAACCCUCAGCGUGGAUCGGGGUCGGCGUUGCCAGGGGCAACAAGUGGGUGUGGUUGGACGGAUCAGGCAGUCUUGAUCAAGAUUUAGAACUUCCGGGAGUUGACGAGGACCUGUGCGCCACGCUGACCCAUACCGGAAGUGUGGCCUUCCUAGAUUGUGACGACAUGCUUGACGCGUUUGUCUGCAAAACACCUAUUCACAAGAUAUACGUUCCUGACGAGAUGAACAUAUCCGAUAACGGCAUUUAUCUCCGUAAAAAUCCCGGGCAGACGAUUUUCGAGCGCCUAUGGCCACCGAUUGUUGACGUCAUCAACAUGGAGAUCUCCACGGCGACGUAUCACUUAGCAACCAUAGAUGUUGCGCACGAAACCGACUGCGCAUACCGUUGUUACACUAUAGACGAAUGUAGAGCGUUUAUUGUCACCUGCAAAUCUUCCAGAAAGUGCAAUGUAAGACUAUGUGAACUUAUGGCAGGUCUCGCAAAGCUUCAACUUUAA